AACCAUAGAAUAUACAUGUGCAAUUUAUUAAGUCGCAACUUGUAACCUAGGCUAAAAACACUAUUUAAUUAAUAUAUUUUUUAUUUUAUGACGGUUAAAUUAUUCUCUCCUCUCCAGAAGGUGGCAAUAAUCAUCACUAACUUGUAAAUCUGACUGAGGAAGAAGCCGUCCUUCCGGAAGCACGUAGAUUGUUUAGUUUAUGUUCUCAAUUUCUAACUAAAAUUUCAGCAUAAAUACUACAUUUCAGUCUUAUUAAAAUGGCCGGUUUUUCGCAAAACGUUACAGAUGAUUUGUUCGACUCAAUUAUAAUGGCAGACGACAGGUUCCAUUUAGAUGGAUACCGUGAAGGAUUUGAGGAAGGAGCGCAACAGGGAUUGAUCGAGGGCAGAAACCACGGCAUGCUUCACGGUGCCAGACUCUCAGCUGAGGUUUCUUUUUAUCAUGGCUUUGCACUCACAUGGAAAUUUAUCCUACAAAACACUGAAGAUGUUAAAGCAAGAAAACGACUGAAAGCUGUUGAGACUUUGGAUGCAAUGAUCCAGAAGUUUCCAUAUGAAGACCCACAGAAUGAGAAGCUCCAGGAACACAUGGAGAGAGUGAGGGCCAAGUUUCGACAGGUGUGUUCGUUACUCAGUGUGGCUGCAGACUUCCGUGAGUAUAUGUCUGGAUCAGAAGGAAUGUCAUUCUGAAAGACUACAGAGGCGAACCCUGCUCUGAGGCGUCCUCCUGCGGUGUGGAUCACGAGACAUCUGCGACUCACAGCAAGCCGAAAAGAGAAGCGAGACACGGUGCAGUUGUGCUGUAUAUGCAGAGUCAAGGCUUGUGAAGUGAACAGUGGGAAUGGUCAAUUAAUGCCGUGGUUUUAAAGGUCAACGCUUCCUCAUGACCUCAUACAGUAAAUAUACCAGGAAAUGAGUCAGAUUACUCUUAGGAUCUUGGGUUAGUCCCUUUGAGAAGGUGAGUAUGUGCUGAUCUGUGAUCAGUUACAGGUUGACUUUGGCAUUCUACUUGAAUUUCCCUGACGUGCGUGAACACCAUCUGGUGGUGAAGUUGGAGAAAACAGAGCCAUCCUCAGAUGUUCUUAUGAUAAUGGGUGCACAUCUCCAUCUGCUGGUGGAGCAAAUCAGAACUAGAUUAUUAACAUUUUCACCUUGCUUAACUUAAUCAACACCUAUUAUACAGCAUUUCAACAAUAUUUCCCGCAGAAAUGGGAAAUUCUUUUGAAUAGAAUUGCAUUUUAAAACAUCAUUUGAUUGUGAACAUUUGAAGUGUCUUGCUUCUUAUUAACAAAAUAAAUGUAACAUUUUUUAAUAAUGUUCAGAGGUGUGGGAUAUCCAGGAAAGCAUUUUAGGUAAGAAUGGCAGUUUUGCAUGUAUUAUUUAUUACAUUAAGCAAGAAGCUUAUAUGAUAUAAUAAUUUAAUAACUACCUAAGUAAGGAAUAAAUCAUGACAGGGUGUGUUGUUAUAGGAAAAGAAUAAUUAAAAGGGGGGUACGAUGUUAGCACAUCAUGAAAUGUUUUAUUCCUGUUAAACAUCAAUUUGCCAACACUCAAAAUAUUUUUGAUUUAUAUAGAACACCGUGUAAUAAUUUUAUUCCUUUUAUAGUUAUGUUUGAAUUUGUGAAAUGCCCACAAAACAAGUUAACUCCUGUUAUCGCUUGGAUUAUGAAACUCUCUAAUCAACAAGACAAUUUUUUUUUUUUUUUCAAAAUCGUAAACUACUGAAUAGCUUCCCAUGUUGAAAAACUUCAUUACAGCUUUAUCUCUGACUGUUGCAAAGUGCUGACACUGGGAACUCACAGAAUGCAUCACCAUUUCAACAAUCACAAGUUUCUAAAAUCUUCUUACGUGGCACGUCCACUAUACAAGGCUGUAGAAAUGAUAAUGUAUUAGAACAAGCGCAUUAAGAUAAACUUGUGAUUCGAAUUGCAGCCGGCACUACUACACUACUGUCAGAGCUGCUGUUAUAGAAAAUUAAUCAUCACCUUUUGAGUUGAGAAUUCAGCAGCGCUGUGGUGUAAAUGCAUUUCACUGAUUACAUAAUAAUAUCAUCCUUAAAAUUUUUAUUCAAAGUAUAAUCUGUAUACCCGUUGCCAUUUGGCAUUAAUCCAGGUUUGCGCCCCUGGUCAAUCCUUUGUGCGUCACCCAAAUUCGUUUUCUAUAGUCUUGUGCUUUGUGAGGUUUUGCAAUAAAGGACUGAACCUCGUAUACUCUGGUAUAAUAUUUUCAAUUUCUUUAAGAAUUUGCCUUCUCUCCUCGUCCUUUGUUGAAGAACGCUUCCAUAAAAGCUUCAAAGGUGUCUUGGAUUUCAGUAGAAGUGCCGCCACGCUGGAUCAUUAGUUACCUCCUUUCCCCCCAGAGAACGAGUGUGAUUUUUAUCAUGCGAAUGCUUACACCUGCUCUUGGCCUAAAUCCCAGUUACCUUUUGUUAGUUUUGGUUAACCAACCCCGGGCCCCAUGAAAUUCCUCCGCUGGGUCUCUCAAUGCCGUUUCACGGGUGGUCAGCAAAAGUCUGCUGACAGAUAGCGUUCGGCUGCAACAAUGCCACGCUGGGGCCGGCGCAAGAGGGCAGGGGCCGGGCAACGCACUGCCGUUUUUUUUUUUUUUUUUUGUUCUACUCUGCUGGCGCUUUGAGGCGGAGGUGCAGCUCUGAAUUCAGCCGGGUUGGCAGAGAAUGAGAGGGUGGUGCUGGAAGUGGCAGCUGGUCUGCGCUCUGUGCAGCAGCAGGUGAACACGGGGCCCGAUGGCGGCACCUUCAGAGCAAUGACAGAUAAAACCGCACUCUUCCCUAAAGGCCUCCAAUCACAACAUGGCAACGCUUGCUCCAAUGUGACCUGCCUUUGUGUGUGUGAAAUAUAGAGAUUUAUGUGAUGGCCUCCUGUUUACAGAUGUGCCUUAAGAAUCCAGAGGUAUUAUAAUUGAGGCAUAGUGUGUCUACAGUUGGAUACAAAUUAGGCUGUUUUGCAUUAGAUGUUUUGUUUAGACACUGAAAACUUGAUUUUUUCAUUAGGAUACCCACAUUAAUGAUUUAUGUAUGGAUCUGUAUUAGAAGUUUCUGUGUGUCUGACUCAUUCCGAAUGCAGAACAGUAGAACAUGAAGAUGGGGAGGGGGGCUGGUGAACGAAGGCUAAAAGAAAGCUUGAGGAGCGAUGUUUCUUUGGUUUCUUUCAGCUGGCCGAGCCGAGUGGCUGGGGCCAGCGAGAGGGAGCAAGGCCGAGCAAAUGAAGGAGGACGCUGGAAGGUUUCAGAAAAUGUUCAGGAAUUUCAGGAGCAGGUGGCGAGUGGUGACAUGAAAGGAGGACGUGACAAAUGCAACCGGCGGGCACUCAAGAAAAAAAGGCCCCUGGCUGAAUGGUGGCAUAGUAUCUCCCUUUUUUUUUCUCCUCGGUGCCUCAUACCCCCCACCCUCACACACACACACACACACACAUAGACACAUGCACCAGCUCCAAUCUCAGCAUUAAACCACUCGCUUGCCUGCAUAGUUCAUGAUGUGGAUGAUAAAAAUAUGCAAUUCCUAUUCACAGCACAGACAAGAAAGGUCCUGCCACUUAAUUCGGCAGAUGUGUGAAGCCGGCCUCCUCUUGCUUUGUUUCCCGCUUUUAAUAGCUGCUUAUUAACAUAUAGUUAAAGGAAAACUCCACCCUUGAAAUACAUUAAAUAUGCUUAUACUGAAAUAUUUGCGAUCUCUCUCAGGUUUCCUUCACUGUUUGCUCCUAAAUGCAAAAGAGCAACAGCUUCUUUUCUCACUCACCUUUUUCCAGCAAUAUAAUCAAUGUCAUAUAUUAAUGAGAAAUCCGACACAGAAGUGGUGGUGAUGUUUGUGCAAACACUGAGCUCAUAGUUCCAGAAUGCAAUGCAGUUAAAUGACAGCUGUGGUGAGUUAUAGCAGAGAUGCCGCUUGGCUUGUUAUGGAAUUAGCAUGAAACUUGUGAUGGCGGUAUUAGCAUGGAAGUUGAAGCUUUGGAAGCUGAUCUGUUUGAGCAGGGUGUACAGAUGAGGAGGUGCGUCUUUUACAGCCGAAGAGAUUAAAAGACUAAAGCGCCGCUGCAUCACUCUCUUUAUGUAGAGUUUAAGCAGUGGUUAAUACUGCAUUCGACUUAACUGAGAAGUGUGAAGUCUGAGCUCAUAAUUAUGGGUAUGUCUCAACCAGCUCCAUAGUUCAGUAGUCAGGGCACUGAUCAGGGAGUCGGCCAUUUUAAAAUCCUUUAAAAAUCCUUCCAGUGCACUGGAACGUUCGCUCUCUAAAAAAAACAAUCUCACAAUGCACCACCAAAACCAGGGAGUAUUGAUGUUCACUAUGUUCCCUUACCAGAAAUGACGCUAUGUUUCCAGAAGCCUCUCAACUUGAAAAAAAGGGGGGGGGGGGGGGGCGAACUGUCAGCCAACUUCCGGCUACAAAUUUAAGCUAGCCUACGAUCCUGUUUGACAUGUUAUGACAGAAAUGCAUGUGAUUAACUCGCGUACACAAUAUACUGAUUCACGACCUACUGAACUACUGAGCUGGUUGAGACAUACCCUAUGUCAUUUUUCGAGCUCGGCACAUUUGAGCUACAAAAUGGGAAAAACGUGUUUUUUUUAAUUAAUAACAAGCUGGCCUGCUAACAUUAGUGAUCAUGAGCCUUUCUCAAAACAGCAUACUGUAUGGUCAGUGUUAUAGAUUUAACUCACUGAUGUGUCUGUGUUCAUUGAUUAGAAGUGUAUACUCAUAAACUCAUUUAAAGUGAUAUUUUAUUUACUGUUAAGUGUGAGUGGCACAUGCUGAACUUGGGGUUGAGGAGACAUUCCUAUCUUUGUGAACAGCAUUUUGGGUAGUGUAGCAAACCGUUAACCGAAAAUAAAAAUAGACCAACAUGUAGAUGAAAUAAUUUCAUUAAAAAUUUCAUUGCAAAAUAAAUAUUGGAUUUUUCCUGUGACAGCAUCCAGGCCUGGUACAGGUCAAACCACUUACUCUUUACAACCUGUAAUAUAUUUUACAAAUCCUAUAUGACCUUUAAAGUAAAAAACCAUUACACAAUACACUAUGAUAUCAUUCAAGCUAUUGUAUUGUAUAAUUAGGAAGUGCACAGUCUGAGAUUAAACUCUUUAUUUAUUAUGGUAUAACUCACUAUGCAGCAGAUUUGGCAUUGGCACAGAAACAUUCUUAAAAACGCCAUAGGAAAUCCUGCUCCGCAAAUUUCUCCAACAAAUUUGACGUUUCAAUCCAAGUCCAUGGAAACCACUAAUCAUCCUCCGUCUAUUGUUUGCUCUCUGGAAUAGGUCUCAGAUGGAUCAGAGCAGAGCUGCUAAGAGAUCAUGUGAGAUUUCUAUUUUUUUUUUUGGUGACUCUGGCCUCUCUCAGUGCAGGUAAACCACAUCACUGAAGAUGGAUGCUUUGUUGUGACAGCUCGGGUUGAAGUUAAAUUUACAGGCGCCAGGCUGGAAGCUGCACAGUCGCUCGUGCUCGUGCUGUGGAAGUCACACGUUCGGGCUAGCCUUUCGCUACGCCUUUGCUAGAGUGUGGGAAGAAAUGUUGCUGCCUCCUCCAAAAACCGCAAACACGAGGAUGCCAAGUGCCAAAGACACAGCAUUAUCACAGACCUUAGUCAGUGAGGAGAGUGUGUGAAAUUCAGAGUUGUUCUCCUAUGAGUUUUUUUUUUUCCCUUCAAAAAAUUGAGGACAUGAUCUAAACAAAGUCUGAAUGACUGACUGCACCUUGACAAGACAAAUAUCUGAGCUCCUCUCUAUGUACAUGUGUAGGAUUUAUUAACUUACUUCGUUUAUGGGGUCAUCAAAAGCAUUUUCACACUGGAUUUCACGAGGUUGAGUAAGAGUAGAUCAUAACAUUUUAUAUGUAUUUGGACCUCUAUAGGAAUAGUAAUAUUUGUAGACAAUAUGAAUAGAAUUGAAUAGCUUGGCUAGAAUGAUGAUGCACAGUAUGCAGUAUUGUACAAGAUAUUAUUAUAUUAUUAUUAUUAUGAUUGCUCAUAUUUCCUAGGUAUAUAUCAUAAAUCAUAGACUAUGAAAGAAUGGUUGCAUUUCAAUUUUUAAAAAAGUGUACUUUUCAUUUUACAACACAACUCCCAUAUGCACCCAUAGAUGCACCCUUUAAAUGUUCUUUGAAAAGAUUAGACUUCUACUAGUAACCCUUUUCUGAAAGGGAGAAAAUCAGUCAUAAGUUACAUAAAACUUUUAAAGGGCAACUGAAGAUCCCUUAAAGGUUCUUUAUGUAACUACAUGAUUACUCAAAAAGUUAUACAAAUAUUUAGACCACAUCUCUGUUGAAUUCUCGACUAUAAUUGUCAGUUUGUUUUACACUUAUGAAAGGAGUCUCCGUUGUUGGUGCUUUAUAACAGUCAGAGGUAAAGUUGUAACUUUGUAAGUUUUCACCACAGGAAAGUCUUUGUGCUUUCCAGUUUCUUGGUUAACAUCACAAGCUGCAUUUUUUUUUUGGUCAUAUUAACAUGAAAGGAGAGAAAUAAACUAUGCUGGUGAUGAAAUGAUCAACACUUGUUUAUCACUGCUGUAAUGUAAAGUGAUAGUAGGAACUUCCGCAAAAUUAAACAUAACUAUUUAUUGUUAAAAGCACCAUGUAUAAUUCCUUGGCAAAUUGCCGUGGUGUAAGGGGAAUAAAGCGUUCAGGGCAUGCUGUUAUUGGAAAAUAAUCCACUUUGCAUCACACCACCUGCCGCUGAUUAUUAUUCACAUCCCCAAGUGUUUUAUUUCCUACUUAUGACUAGAUAAACUAUACUCAUUGUAAUUCUAUCCCAACAAGCAUUAAGAGUACUUCUUGGCUGCUGUUAAAGAGAGAAAACAGACAAGGUAAGACAAUGGGUUUUGAAGCUCAACUUUAAUUCUAGCUAACAUAAUGUCUAGAACGGGUCUGCAAGUAAAGUUUGUGCAUUUCGGACCAGCAAAGGAAAAAAAAAAACACAUGAAGUGACAUUUUAUUUCUGGGUCAUCACCACAUCUAGUAAAGUGUUCCUUGAGGAACACCAUUCAAGACUAAAAAGAGCAACUGCUCUCAUUUACAAGACACAAAGUCAAGCUUUUUAGGGUUUGGGGAAAGGUAGAUGCAAUGACAUUUCUGAUGUUGUCUGAGUCAAUAUCUUUCCUUGCACAUUCAAAAGAAAAAAAUGGGUGAACCCCUCACCAGCUUGUCUUUUCUUUUACAAUUAUUUAUUUAUUCAUUAAAAAACCUAUAUGUCUUGGCUUGCAAAACACGCAGCUCAUUAGACUUUUUUUUUGUCUUGAGGUAACAAACAUUCCUGAUACUAUACAGAGGAUAAUGUGUGGUUUUGUCCCCCUGGGUCCUGGGUUAGCCAGUAGCUCACCCUAAAACUCCAAGCUGCAUCUUUUUAUAUAAAAGUACUAUCUCCAGUCACAAUGCAGAACACAUAGCAGCACCAUGUCUAUGGCUAAAAGGGAAAGGGAUCGAGAAAGGGG